GGCGGGAGGGACGCGGUGGCCGUGCCGGGGUCUCCGGGGGCGCGGAGCCCGCGCGGGUUCGGCGGACGAGGAGCCGCGGCCCGCGAGGGGAGAGCGGCGGCUCAGCAGCCGUUCCCGUGAACUGCCCCAGAAGUUGAGCACAUAUGUGGCACGAGUUGCGAAUAAAUUCUGCAGAUUGGCAAAGAAAACUCCUGUCGCAGGAUCGUGUUGAGUAAUGUGCCUUGAUGUCCUACAUGUUUGUUGACUGAAUCCCUGCCAGACUUGGUCAUGCAACACCACUGCUGUUUCCUGAUAAACUGUAGUCCUACUGUAUCCGGGCUUUUAUUGGCUUUUGCUUUCCCUAAAGGCGCAAUAAUUCCUGACAGCAAGAAAAUAGUUGCAAGUGUUUGCAUGGUAUAUUGCAGUGGAUCUGAAGUUGAUAUAAGAGAGAAUUUCUUCUGGGAAGAGAAGCUUCCCUGUGAGGCCAACCCUGAAGAUGUGGACUGCCAUUGUGUUCUUCCUGCUGAUUUCCAUCUGUAUAUGUGAACACCAGUUUUCUGUCCUGAAAGGGGGAGGAGUCCAUGUAGUGCAAAUAAACAGGCUUACAAGUGAAGCGCAAUGCAGGCAGGCUUGUCAGAGCCCAGGUGCUUCAGGGAGCCAUCACUGUAAUUGGUCUGUGCCCUACCAGAAUCACUGCCUCCUCCUGCAGUGUCACCAGCUGAGCGUGUGCCAGAAUGCUGGAGAACAAGACAUCAAAGAUCUUCUUGCAGAAAUUGUCAGCAGCAAAUGGGAAACAGCCCUGUUUCAGCACCAGAGCCAUCCACAGAAAACAGAGAGGGUGCUGAAUGCACAGAUUGACCGACACAGUGUGGAAAACACGUUUUCCUCAACUGCUCAGACUCACAGGGUUCUUUUGAGGCAUUUGGCUCAGGUUGAGGAGGCAAAUGUCCCAACAAGUACUGCAAAACCAACUGCAAGCCAUGCUACCACCACUGCCCCUGCCAUAACAACAAACAUUACAAAUGCAUCUUUCUCUGUUGCUAUGACCACUUAUGAAACAACUGCCAGAGCCUCGAACACCUCUGGAGGUUCUGAUACCUUUAUUAAAGCCAAGUCAGCCUCUACCUCUUCUCCCUUUCAUGGUAACAUCUCUGCUCCCACUUCCAGCCAUGUCACCCAGAUGGUGACCACCAGCCAAAAUUCAGGACAUAAUAGCUCUGUCUCAGUAUUGUCCCUCACUUCUGGUCCCCUCAGUGUUACUUCUGAAGCAGGUACCCAAGCACAGCAGCCUAGCCCGGGUACCACCAGCACCAGUGCUCCUCACCCUGACAGCCCCACCUCUGCUGGAGCUGACCUGAAAGCACCGACCACAACACUGACCACCCCCAUCCCGCAGGAUGCAGUAACAUCUUCCACUGCUUCCACGCGUGCCACGACACCCAUCCCCAUGGAGAGUUCUCACUCUGCAAACCCAGUGCAUGCCAACACAUUGCCAGACCUGAAGCCAGAAACAAAUACAGCCACAGCAUCCUUGAGUGAAUCAGCUUCUCCUCUGGGCUCUACUAGAAGUGCCGUGGUUUUAACUACAGCCUCUACAGUAGCAACUACGACUGAAUAUGGGAUGAAAUCAACAUCUGAUGUCUUUUCAACAACCAUGGCUCCAACAGAUGCAGCCAAAACAACAGCUUUGAGCCUCACAGAAACUCAGGACACAGACAAUGAGUAUCUUCUCAUUGCUGCUGAGCCCCUGACUCAGUACUUAGUGGAUGAAAGUUCACUUCUUGCAGUGCUUUUAGUUGGUACAUUCUUUUUCAUAACUGUUAUAGUUCUUUUCCUCAUGCAGGCCUAUGAAAGCUACAAGAAGAAAGAUUACACACAAGUGGAUUAUCUGAUCAAUGGAAUGUAUGUGGACUCAGAGAUGUGAAGAGGUGGGGAUAAACAGUAGGCAAGAGAGGAAGGGAGAUUGAAAGUCUGCCUGACUUGUUUUUCCUUUCUAUCUGCCUAUGACACAAACUGAAAGUGCUUCCAAAUUUACUUCUAGUGCAAUUGAGGAGAAAUGCCAUGUACUGUAUUAAGAAAAAAAUAAUAAUUUUUUACUCAACUGUGCAACAGGUUGCUGUAAAACCAUAAAAAAAAAAAUCAUUUUUAACGUUUUCAUAAUGCAUAGUAGCUUUGGCCAUUAUAUUUCAUUGCAAAACAAAUCUAACAAGGUGUAAGUUGCCAUCCUCUGAAAAUGCUGUAGCACUUUUCAGCUGUUUACAGUGCAGGCUGUGUUUCAUUUGUUUCACAUGUGCUCCUCUGAAAACAGAGCAAAGGAUGCUGUCACCUUUUGUGAAGUGCUCCCAAAUAGCCAGAUGAGAAGUGUGGAGUACUGUUGCAACAGGGGAGUUUUAAUCCAGUGUGUGUCAUAUUUCAGUAUGCUUCUUGCUUAUGAAGAGAUCUGUUUACAAGGGAUUGUAAACUCUGUUUACUGCUAACCCAAGGUAUCUUCACCAUGGAGUGGAUUACUGUGCCUCUGCACUUAAAUGAUCUUAUUUUUAUAUUCAGUUAAUAAAUGGGGCCCUGGAAGGGCA